GUGUCUGCGUUUCAAUGUAGACGUAAAACUCGUCCCAUUCAGUUGUACUCACUGCGCGCACAAACGUGUUUUUUUUACUUUAUUUACUAACAGUGUUAGUUGCCAACAUAUCAUUUGUAACAAGAUGUUAAUGUUAUUACUGAUAUGGACGACGGUAGUUCUGUCGAUAUGUUGGUUGUAUUUGCGAGAGUUGUACUCCAAAUUCAACAAACGGGGUGUCAACAACCUGCAGCCAACGCCGGUCCUCGGUAACAUGGGAUCCGUAGCUUUUAGAAAACAUCAUUUCGUUGAAGUUACAACAAAACUUUAUAAUGCAUAUCCUGAUGAUAGGUUUUUGGGAUGGUACGAAUUUGCAAACCCAAUGAUCAUGUUAAAGGACAUUGAACUUAUAAAAACAAUAGGAGUCAAAGAUUUUGAAAACUUUUUGGAUCAUCGACCCGUUGUUGAUGGAAAAAUUGAUCCGUUCUUCGGCAGAAGUCUAAUUUCACUGAAAGGCGAGGAAUGGAAGGACAUGCGGUCAACCCUAAGCCCCGCUUUCACCAGUUCUAAGAUGCGCCUUAUGGUGCCCUUCAUGGUCGAAGUCGGCGACAUUAUGAUCAAGUCGCUCAAGGAGAGAAUACAGAGUUCAGAAGGAGGUUACAUAGAUGUCGAAUGUAAGGACUUGACGAAUCGGUACGCGAAUGACGUCAUCGCCUCCUGUGCAUUCGGUCUCAAGGUGGACUCGCACACCGACAGAGAUAACAUCUUCUACAAGAUGGGCAACAUCGCCGCCACCUUCCGCUUCGUACAGCUUCUUAAGAUAAUUGUCACCGCGUCUUGGCCAAUGAUAUCAAAGUUAUUACGGAUAUCAGUCUUUGAUCAAAACGUGAAAGAUUUUUUCCACGGUCUUAUUAUUAGAACGAUGCAAGAACGUGAAACUAAAAACAUAAUCAGACCUGACAUGAUUAAUUUGCUAAUGGAGGUAAAGAAAGGUCAAUUGACAAAUGAUGGUUCAGUCGACGAUGACGCAGGCUUCGCGACUGUCGAGGAAUCAUCUGUAGGCAAAAAGAAUGUUACUCGCGCUUGGUCAGAAAGUGAUCUAAUAGCGCAAGCGGUGCUGUUCUUCAUCGCGGGUUUCGAGACGAUCUCCUCAGUGAUGACAUUCGCUCUGUACGAGCUGGCUGUGAACCCUGACAUGCAAGAGCGGCUGCUGCAGGAAAUUAGAGAAAAUGAACAGAAGAACGGAGGGAAAUUCGAUUACACUUCAAUACAGAAUAUGAAGUAUUUGGACAUGAUUGUAUCAGAAGUGCUUAGAAAAUGGCCGCCAGCCAUUUCUCUGGACCGAUUAUGCAUGAAUGACUACAAUCUCGGUAAACCAAAUAAAACAGCUGCCCAAGAUUACAUUAUACGUAAAGGAGAAAUAGUAACAAUCCCAGUAUGGUCGAUUCACUACGACCCUAAAUUCUAUUCGAACCCAGAAAAGUUCGAUCCUGAGCGAUUUUCGGACGAAAAUAAACAUUUAAUUAAACCAUUCACAUACAUACCUUUCGGUCUGGGGCCAAGAAAUUGUAUAGGUUCUAGGUUCGCGCUCUGUGAGGUGAAGGUGCUACUCUACCAGCUUCUACUUCACGUGGAGCUGGCCCCGUGCGAGAAGACCUGCGUGCCGGCGCGGCUCGCCACAGACACAUUCAAUAUACGGCUCCAGGGCGGACACUGGCUUAGGUUCCGGAUGCGACAGUGACAUAGAUAUAGUGAAUAAAUAUAAAAAUGUAGAA